AUGGGUGCAUCAAGAAAAUGGAUCAGGUCAUUGCUGGGUUUGAAGAAAUCCCACAAAUCUCUAUCUAUAGAGAACAAUGAAAAUAGAUCUGGGAGCAACGGAAAGAUUUUCCAUCGAAGGAAGGACUUUGUUGAGAUUGAUACUAGUGAUCUUGAAAAUGAAUUGAAUCAAAAUGUGGUAACAACAACUGAAGAUGCUAAUUUCCAGUCAGUUUCAGAUUCUACUAGAUCAGCUUCCACUUCACUUCAGGUGCCAAAUGCAGCUCAAUUUCAAAACACGGGAGAAGAAUGGGCAGCUAUACGUAUCCAAACGGCUUUCAGAGGAUUUUUGGCUAGACGAGCUUUACGUGCUUUAAAAGGAUUGGUGCGACUUCAAGCUCUGGUUAGGGGUCAUGCUGUAAGGAAGCAAGCUGCCAUUACACUCCGUUGUAUGCAAGCUUUAGUAAGAGUUCAGGCUCGUGUUCGAGCAAGACGUGUUCGGAUGGCAUUAGAGACUCAAACAACAGAACAGAAACUCCAACAACUUGAGCAUGAGGCUCAUGUCAAAGAAAUCGAAGAUGGAUGGUGUGACAGUGUUGGUUCUGUUGAAGAAAUUAAGGCCAAGUUGUUGAAGAGGAAGGAGGCGGCAGCUAAGCGUGAAAGAGCAAUGGCAUAUGCUUUAGCUAACCAGUGGCAGGCGGGAUCAAGGCAGAACGUAACUCCUGCUGGUUUUCAACCUGAUAAAAGCAGCUGGGGUUGGAAUUGGUUAGAAAGGUGGAUGGCCGUUCGACCAUGGGAAAAUCGCUUACUAGACAUUAACCUUAAAGAUGGUGUGAAAAUUCACGAGAAUCAACCGGCUGAGGUGAAGAACGCAGUCACAACUCUAGCUCUGUCGAAUUCUGAAGGAAAGAGAGGCAUGUCAAAUGUUGCAAAUGGGAAAGGUCCUCGUUCGAGCAAUAACUCCAAUCUCUCGAAUGAAAAAAAGGCUGCAUCCCAUACGGAUGCCUGCAGUUCUUCUACACCCAACAAGUCGGUCAAUGCACAAGAGAAACCUGGCUUGCUGUCUAAACCGGUUGUUGAAGACUUGGCUGAGGAAGCUACCUCAAGGCCUAAUGUUAUCUCCAGAUCUCACAGUAAUCCAAAGGAGAGGUCAAAUAAACCCGGAAAGAAGCGGUUGUCCCUACCGGGAAAUGGACAAAAUCAUGUGGCACAACAGGCCAGGCCAAAGCCUAACGUCAAACGAUCUCCCACUGUUCUGAAACCUGAGAAAGACAAAGCAAAACUCAACGUGUCUAAUGCAAAACCUUCAAAAAGUAGUCCAAGAACCGUUCCUUAG